AAUCUAAAAUCACUAUAAAAUUCCCCCAAAUUCAUCCGAAAUCAUUUUCAAUUCACACCGAAAUGCAAAAUCCCAAUUUUCUAAUACCCCUUUUGUUUUCGAUAGCAAUCCCAAUCCUCUUCCUCAGCAAUUUCUCAGCUGAAUCAACUUUCUGCUCUGACUCAAUGGCGACAACCACCACUUUGGGCGGAGUCCGCCCUUCCCAGGAAUCCCAAAACAGCGCCGAGCUGGAAAACCUCGCUCGCUUUGCCGUCGACGAGCACAACAAGAAAGGAAAUGCGAUGGUCGAGUUUGUGAGGCUCGUGAAAGCAAGCGAGCAAGUGGUGGCCGGGACGCUUCACCAUUUGACGUUGGAGGCUAUGGAUGCCGGCAAAAAGAAGCUUUAUGAGGCUAAAGUUUGGGUUAAGCCUUGGAUGGACUUUAAAGAACUGCAGGAGUUCAAACAUGCUGGUGACGCUGAUGAUUCCCGUUCUUUCACCGCUUCGGAUCUGGGAGCCAAUAAAGGUGUCCCUGAGCCAAUGCUGCAAGCUGUGGCCACGGACGAUCCUGUAGUUCGGGAUGCUGCGGAUCAUGCUGUGAAGAGCAUACAACAGAGAUCCAAUUCCAUGCUGCCUUAUGAACUUAAAGAAAUCGUUCAUGCCAAUGCCGAAGUAUUGGAAGAUUCUGCUAAACUCAACAUGCUUCUGAAGUUGAAGAGAGGAGACAAGGAAGAGAAGUUCAAGGUGGAGGUACACCAAAAGAGAGAAGGGACUUAUCAUUUAAACCACAUGGAGCACGACCACUCUUGAAAGCUAAUGUUAUGGUAAAUUGUUAGAGUUUGAAUCUAAAAAUUACUUAAAACCUAUGUUUGUAAGAAUGUUUUUCUUUAUAGGGAUGUUUCUAAUCUUGAGAAUAGUUAGGGUUUGAUUGUAGAAAUAGUUUGAAUCUAGUAUCAUGUGCUCACCUUUACUCCUCUGUCAAUCCUAUGUCUGUAAGAAUGCUUAUCCUUUUAUGAAUGUCGCUAAUCUUCGGAUUAUGUAACGACCUCUUGAAAUAUGGUGUUUUUCUUUGCAGUUUUUU